CUGUCAUGCAGUGUGAAACAUAAAUAAAGCGUAUUAGUUUUCAAUAAAUCAUGACUUAACACUCAAGUCUUUAACUGUUAAAAUGAAAUAAUAUAAUUAAAAACGUAACUGCCAUUUAUAUAUUUCUUUUUAAUUAAUGACAUUAUGGAUGGUUUAAUUCACGCGGCAUUGGAAGCAGAGGUAAUACUUAACCGGGCUAAACAUGUGAAUACAAAGCUAACAAAUUUUGACAGUAGUGUCUCAGAUCAUAAAAUGACUUGGACCCAAGAAAAGAUGCACCUAGCGGAAACUGUUGAUGAAUCAAGGAUGAAGUUUCAGAAAAAUUCUGUCAGUGGUUCAGCAAAAACUGCAGAAAAAUUUGAUUUAUUUAAGAAAUUACAUGAAUUGUACAACGAGUUAAGUAGAGAUGAAACUUCACAAGCAAACUAUCAAGGGCUAAAGACGACAUCAUAUUUAUUGGAAAAGUUGUUAGCAACCUACAACCUUAAUACAUUAAUAAUUAAUUUAUAUCCUGGUAACAAGGGUUACUCUCUGUCCCUUAAGAUAAAUGGAACUGCUCAGAACAUAAACCCACCGGAUGCAAAUGCAUCAUCAAGUCAAGAAGAAACUUUAAUAGAAACUCCUCGUUGGCCAUAUGAAGAAGAAGAGUUAUUAAGUUAUAUAGAUAAUGAAGAAUUGCCCGUAGUCUUGUUAGAUCUCCUUGAGUCCGAACACUCGUGUUUAUUCUACUCUGGCUGCAUCAUAGCUCAGAUAAGAGAUUAUAGGCAAGCAUAUCCAAACUUUGUCUGUGAUACACACCAUGUGCUCUUAAGGCCCACAAACCAGAGUAUAAUAACGGAUGCGAUGUGUAUCGGUCGAAGCGGUUGGGCGGGUGAAGAGCGGGGGGCUUUGGAGGCUGUCGAGGCAGCGUUAGUGCACGCGGCCGCGCCCCCGCUGUGUCUAGAGCCUCGGCCGGCGGUCGGUCUGCUAGCGGCCAGGCUUCAUGCUGCCCCAAGACUGUUUAAUACACCGAGGAUACGACGUCAGGCUCGGAGAUUUUCACAGGUGUCGGUUAAUAGAAAAAGGAAAUUGGACCAGUUCACUCAUUAUCAUGGUCUGGAGUUGUUGGAGUUAAUACACCGUCAGAGAGCGAAAAACAGCCGCCAAACUGUUCCACACACACGGUUAACAUCGAAAUUCCCAAAGAAACCACCGGAGGUGUUCAAACCUAUAGAACCUCCAAAAAUGGAUCCGUUGCCGCUCGCGUUACCGUCUGAACCGAACGCCCCGUUACGGUUGGCCCGCGCCUAUGAGCGUCCACGCCCCACACCGGACUGCCAGCCUCAGUUGGUGGAAGAGUACAUCCUGGAAACUGAGAAGAGCUCCCCGCACGCCGGAGCUGGUUUCUUCCACAUCAAACUGUCUAUACUACAGAGGCCAUCCGACCAAGAGUUCCUUGGUGAAUUGUAUGUUGAUAGAGAUCACGUGGAAGGUGAAAGAAAUGGAGCAGCCUGUAGAUUCUCAUUAGGUUCGCGACUUCAAGCCAACAAAUACAUACAACAGUUCACAGAAAUUUUCACAGAGGAAGGUAGAAAAUCUGUUCGGAUAAAGCAUAUUGUGCCCGGACAGUUACCGAGAGUUUCAUUCACAGGAGGCAUGAGAGAUAUGCAAAGAACAGCACAAGCGAACAACUCCACAGUUCAGACUCAUGCCACAACCGUGCCUGUUGUAACCUCCGCCAUAGCUGCUACACCCAAUGCCCAUUCAAACGCAAGACAGCUGCCUAUACUGCAGGCACAAUUGCAACAAGUUGGCAAUGUUAACGUGACAGCCGUGGGCACUGUUGUGGGCAGUGUGGGCACGGUGGGCAACGUGGGCACAGUGGGCAGUGUGGGCAACGUCGGCACCGUGGGCACCGUUGGCAACGUGGUAAAUGUUGGCCCUGCGACCGGUGUAACAGAAGCAUUGAAACAGCAACCAUCUCCAACAACACCCAGGCUUUCGCCACAGGCGUCAACGAAUCAAUUGCUAGCACAACAGCUCACUAAUCCGCCGCAACCUCUCAACCCUCAGAAGAUGCAAUCAGCCAUCAUACACAUACAGCAUCCGUUGAUGUCGUCUUCGGGAACAUCACAGGUUCAGAGUAUACAGUAUACAAAUACAACGACCAAUCAGCAGAAGACGACUAUAACUAAAGCGAGGUCGACGAACCCAGCGAUCAACGCACUCGUUACUAGUCUUAUGAAUUCAGCGCAACAGUUUCAGCAAGCGGCAAGUCAAAAUGCGGCUAAAGCGGUGGUGAGCACUUCAAGCAGUAACGCUACCAUCCUGAAUCUAUUGAACAGCGCACCGGCUGCCAUGACUCACGUCACCACCAGCGAUAGCGACACACACAAGCUUCUGACCCGAACUGUUUCUAUAGCGGGGGCUAGACUCAUAGCUUCGACGAGCAGUCAUACAUUACCUACAUAUACACAACAGGUAAUGACUGGUUACACACGUGAGAACGAGUCAACGAACGUGUCUAGUAGUGAGAGUGCUUUGCUAGAGAGGUUGAUGGGUCCCGAGCCGUCCUCAACACCGCCGUCUCAGACGCCACAGACGGCACAACCACAGCCACAACCACAACCACAACCUGUCUGUCAUUUGCAGGGUCUAAGUUUAACAUCGCUUCAGGGCCUACAGAGUAUCCAGGGGUUGCAAAACGUUCAAGUACAGAUACCUGGUCUGUCUGCGCCUAUAUCAUUGUCACUGAACGUGUCAGGUGCACCCAGCGGGUUGUUGGUCUCAGUGCCGCCUACUACUUCUGUGGUACUCACAAAUCAGCCUUCAGUGUUGUCAUUGCCUAUAGCUCAACUGAUGUCCGGCGGUGUGAAGGGUGGCGUCCGCAGUGGAUCGGUUCAGGUGGUCCGAGCGCCGCGACCGGCGAGACUAGUCCGACCAACCCGGCCGUCGCUGCCAAAUAUUACAAACAUCACCAAUAUCACUAACAUGACGAACAUACCAUCCACUCCGGGCACAACUCAGUUUAUAACCCAGUCGCAGGGACAGAGUCAGGUGUUGAACGCCCACCAGGUGCGAAGAAAAUCAAACCCUGACAGUUCAUAGUAAAUACCUACAUACUGCCGACGUAGCAAAUAAAUUGUAAAUAGCCAUAAGUUUAGAUAGAAUUUGUAUAUUAUUAUAGAAUUCUACGUGCAAUAAGCUAGACUAGGGCAGUCAAAUCGAAAUUCAGUCAGGAUAUUAAUUAAUAUUAAGUAAUAAUUUCCUUCGGACAUUUACAUAUUCAAUGCUUAUGUUUUUAUUUUUCUGUGUUUAUCAUGUAUUUAAUAUUAUUUCAUAAAAUAUUACAUAAUCAUGUCUAUUUAUGUCACAAAUAAUUAAAACAUAAUAAUAUUUUAAUUCAAUGACAUUAACUAAUUGGUAUCAUGAUUCAUGACAUUCUAAAUUAUAAGUUGAAAAAAAUAGAAAUGAUGAGCCGACGAUAAGAAAGAUUCGUAUCUUGUAGAUUAAGUUUUGUAAAUACAUUAGUUUUAGUUUUGUAAAUAAUAUAUGGAAUGCCUUCAGAUGAUGGCCGUAUAGUACUUAAAGGACUUAAAUUUGUAUGGGAAAUUCGUAUGAGUCGUCCCAAUACAGUAAUAGAGUCGACACUAAAAUUGGUUUCUGUAUUGAACAUUACUCGUACAGUUAAUAAAAAAAAAAAACUGUCAAUAAUAUUAAGAUGAUAAAAGUACAAUGUAUAAAAUUAAUUGUAUAUAUGUAAUAUAGUCUGUGCAUCACAAAAAAAUAAAAAUAAAUAAUAGAUGCUUAUAUAUUAAGUUCUGCUAUGUGUUCAGUUAGUAGGUAUUCGACGGUACUGUAAAGAGUUACUUGUAAAUGGGAUUGAUAUAACAGAUAUAUGUGAUUAUUUUGUUAACAUCGAAAGUUUUAUGUGUCCGUAAAUUAUAAUAGUAUUUGAACGUAUAACUUGUAUAUAGUAUUGUAUUGUUGAAUAUUGAACAAAGAAAUUGUUAUUUCUAUUGAUAUUAUUUUUUAAAAGUCGAAGUCACAAUGUUUUUUGCAUGUAUAGGUUGUGUUUGACAGAUGAUGCCAUUCGUAUGGGUUAUUUUUUAACUCUAUUGAUACGUUUAAAUUUAGUACAUGCUGUUUCCUGUGGCUGCUGUUUAAUGUGGAAAAUUACAUCAACACUUGUACGACCAUCUCUGAAUUCCUAUAAAUAUCCACUUCAAUCCGGUGCUAAUUGAUAUAGUAAUCGCUAGGUAGGUAGUUUACAAAUAAUUGUAUCUAUAAAUUGGGGAAUAUGCAUUUUUGAUCUUAAUUUCAAUAUAGUCAAUUUUUUUUUACAUUCAAUCAUUAAAUCUGUUUCAUUUAUCGUAUAUUUUUUUCGAAUAAUAAGUAAGGUAUGCGUUAUAGCAGUUUAUUUGAAUGAAUAAAAAGGUUGCAUAUUUCCUAUAAUGAAGACCAUAACAAUAUCGGAUUGUUUUGUACUGGGUUCUAUUCGUAUGGACAUUUCGAAAGACGAUGUCUCUCUUUUAUCGAUUUGAUUGAAAACUAAGUCAUUAGGAAAUAUAAUUCUAAUAAUAUUAGAAUUAUUCCAAACUUUUAAACUUAAUUUCUCACUUUGUCUUUGGCUGUACUGAUAUGGGUCACAUACUUCUAAAUAUGAACAGCCAAAAGAAGAAAGAAAAGAAAGAAGAAGUCUGCAAGGGCCCUAAGAUUGUCUCCUUGAACACAUUUUGUGCUAUUCAUUGGUUAGUAGAUGAAAGAAAUAAUUGCAACUGAUUAAAAUUUAUAAAAGAUCAAACACAAAAGCUCUUGUACUGUGUCUUAAAACGUUCACACGCGACACGCUCAGUGCAAUAACGAGGAUUUAAAUAAUGUCAAAAAUAUGUUUCACUGUAAUUCAAUCAUCUUGAUACUUCUAUUUCAUUAAAUAAUUUUGUAAUUUGCUUUUCUUGCUGUUACUUAUAUUUUUUUUAUAUAUAACCAUGAAUUAGUUCCCAAUUGUUAUCAUAAUACAGAAUGCUUACUUUCUGUUAUCCUAUUGUUGUCAAUGUUGUCAGUCGCACAAUGCUAUUUGUACAGAUAUUCUCAUAUCUAUAUAUCACUGAUGUAUUGAACACUUCUGUUUGGAUCACUUCAGUAUUGUUUAGUUUCUGUUAUAAUAAGUUGGCCACUGAGGGUAGUUCGAUAAUAGUGCGAAUUGUUGAUCUCAUUUGUUUAUGAACAUGUAGCUCAAUACCUAGGGGAUUUUUUUUUAUAUUGUAAAAUAACUCCUAAAUUUAUCCGUUUGUAUAUGUCUUAAAAAAUUGUAUAUGUAUAUAAAUUUAGAUAAAGAUUUUUUUUUUUUAUACAAAUAAUACAUUUUCGUGACUAACGUGUAAAGUUCCAGUGUCAGCUUUGUUUAUUGUAGUACAUUGUAAAUAUAAAGUAAUUUGUUAUAAGCAAAGUUACGCUUAUGACUCUGUUUAAUAAAAUUUAUAUGGAUGCGUUGACUUGGAUUUAUGUAUAAAUUGAUAUUGUAAAUUAACUCGAGUCGUUGUUCCGAGAUUGACGUAACGAACAUGAAUAAAUAACUUUUACACA